AAAUCUUAAACUGGGAGAAAACGCAGGAGCAACCCUAUUGAAAAGGAUCAUUACAAAUACAACAUUCCGUCUGCACAGGGAAUAUACGUCGUCUACUGUAACUAAUCUGACAGAGAUUUUAAAAAAAAAAUACAUUAUGACAAUUCUGACGAGGAAUAUAAAGCAAAACCAAACCUGACUGCACAGUCAGGAGAAGUUUUCUGUAUUAAAAUAUUAUUAUACUACUGAGUGAGAGUCACAUUGAGGUCGACGAUACUGCACUGUGAUUUGAUGGUCAUCUGUAGUCAUAAUAUACAGCGGGUGGCAGUGAAAUCAUCACACUUCUAAAGUUUUUAUAGAUUUUCACAAGGACGGCUGGGAAGCCUCAGGCACUCAAAUAAAUGCCCGCACGCCUGUACAGAACCCGAUCCUGUUGUUAAUCCUCUUUGGAGUAGCUGCAAAUCCGAGGCUGAAAGAAACUGCGUAUACUAAUCACUAAAAACAUUAAUCAUUCAGGCACUUCAUGAAAACUACGAGGGUUUAAAAGGGGUUGCUACUCUUGCUUGAUUCGGGAACGGGGAGAGUGUCUGAGCAGACUCCACAGGACUCGGGACAGAGCUAAACUGACAGUGCUUGUGCUAACUUUGUAAAUCGAAUUUGUUACACAAAAGCUCCUAUAUCCCACAAAAAAAGAACAUUUUGCUUUUAAAUUCCAGCUACUCGGCAUGACAAAGACUGCAAGGAAUUUAAUCUGAUUACAGUAAUUUCCUUCUACUAGACUGACCCAAAGAAAAUAACUACCCAGUACCGCACUUUGCAUUCCUCAGGGAACCUUCAGCGACAUCGGAAUUCGUCGUGAUGUCAGGAGAAAGGUACUCGACUCUGGACGAAUCCUCGCUCAGAAAACUGCUUGAUGGCACGUCUGACCUGGACGAGCGGCGAAUGAUCCACAGUGCCAUCAGGGAGAUCCGCCACUGUGAGAUCGAGGGCAUGGAGGCGGCGCUGUCAUCCAAACGCUUCCGUGGCACCAGGGACUGCGAGCAGCUGGAGAACAAGGAGAACCAGAUCAGAUACCAGCGCCUGUGCCCAGACCAGGAUGACACUCUGGACGCCCUGUCAGGGAAGCUGCAGUCCAUCGAGGACGUUGGUGAGCUCACUGCCCUGCUACGAGGAGCCAGCGAGUACGAGGAGAGGAAGCUCAUCCGAGCCGCCAUUCGCAAACUGAGGGCACAGGAGCUAAAGGCAUCUGAGAAAGCCAUCUGUGAAAGCAGGUUGGAUUCUGAGUCAUUCCAGCAGCGUGGGAGCAGGGAGGCAGAUCCGGAGCCGGCCCACAGCAAAGCAGACCUGGAGAUUGACGACUUAGAGGAGAGGCAGCGAAUCAGGGCUCAGAUCAGAGAGCUGCGCAGCCAGCAGAACCAGGAGGGGGCACUACAGAGAGCAGGUAUGACAUCCGGAAUGGUGUUGGUCCUGGACCCUCUAAAUAAAGAGGAUGGAACCCUGCCAUCACGGCAACGCCUUUAUUCAGAGGCUUCCGAGCGGGAAAUAUCCUCACGGCAAUGCCUCGAUUCAGAGGCUUCUGAGCGGGAAAUAUCCUCACGGCAACGCCUGGAUUCAAGGGCCUCAGACCGGGACCUGUCAAAACAACAGCACCUGGAUUCAGGGGACUUAGAGCGGGACCAAUCGUCACUGCAACGCCAGGGCUCAGAGCUGACAAGCGCCUCGAGCACUGACUCUGAGCUUGAGUGUGAGAGCAGACUCACAGGUGGUGCCCCUGAGCAGGCCUUGUUGGGAGGAGAGGAUAAAAAAGAGGUGGAGGGGGUGUCUCAAACUGACCAAGACAAAGACCUCGUUGACGGGAAUGCCUUUUCCAGGAGCGGGCCACACAAGGAGCCUGCCUCCCAGAACAGCCUCCAAAACGGGGGAGAGAAGCAGGCAGUGAACAGGGAGCUGGGAGGACACAACAGCAGCAGCAGCAGCAGCAGCAGACAGACCAGUGUGACCAAGGACCCCCCCUACAGCCGCUCACAGACCUCCCUGAGCAGUGCCAAAGACAAAGCAGCAGAGAAAGCUGGCUCAUCUUUCAACAGAGCUAGCUCUGUGCGGGACCGGGUGAAGAAAUUUACAGCAGAGGAGCCGGGCCAGAGAGCCGAGCUCAGAACCAACUUCACAGGACAGAGACAGGGGAGCAGCCGGGUCUGUGGGAACCUGCAGUCCCCCUUCUCCAAAGCUACCCAGAGGGGCGAGGACAACAACGGGACAUACCGAUUCGGGAAGAACAAAUCAGGACUUACCUCCCAAGGUCCUGCCGAGAAGUCCGUCCCUUUGAGUUCCGAUCCUGUCUCGGGUCCAGCCACCACAGGGAGCUCCAAUGGAGUGUCCCAAACCAGGAGGCUUCAAGGGGUGUCUGCUGAUAGAUCCUCCCCCCUGUCCCGGGACAGCCAAUUGGAGAGGGCCAGGCUGACAUCAUCGAGGGAUGAAAACCUCAGGGAGCGAUCAGACAGCUCAGAGCAGUCCAGGACCCUGAGUACAGCUGAACCCCAAACACAGCCAGAGUGCCCCCAAACUGACCCCGACAUGAAGACCCUGCUGACCAUUGAGAUCAAGGACAACCAAGGUGCCAGGACAGCCACGCGUGUGACCGGGAACACUGGCAGCCAGCAGGCAGAGCUGACACUGGGUCUGAGAGCCCCCCCCUUCAAGAUCAUAUCAUCCUCAAACACCAGCGGGGCCCUCAAGAUGGAGACGGAGCCCGUCCUGGCUGUCGAGGCCACAGAGACUCCCCCCAGUGACACGGACGUGGUCCCCAACUGCACUCAGGGGGCUCUUGGGAAGGGGGAGGGGCACCGGGGAAAGCUGACGGCCAAGGAGCUGGAUGCCAUUGAAGACGAGGAGGUCCUGGACAAGAUGAUCGACGAGACAACAGAUUUCGAGGAGAGAAAGCUGAUCAGAGCGGCUAUGAGAGAUCUACGCAAGAAGAAGAGAGAUGCUCUGCUGGGUGGCAAACAGAGAUCGGAGGAAGAUCUAGACCAGCGAGAGAAGGAGCGAGAGAAGGAGCGCGAGACUCGGCUCCAGGAGAUGAAGCAGAAACAGGAGGAGAAGAGGAGCCAGACUGCCCGUGCUGGAGAGAUAGUGGUCAGAAAAACAGAGAAGAUCUCCCACUCGGAUGAUGGCAGCAGGGCGUCCCGCACUACCACCAUGGAGGCGAGUUACAUGAAGAGGUCUGAGAACUGUACAACUGUUGUUCAGACCAAAUCCUCCUUCAGCUCCACUUCUUCCUCCACCUCUACCAAGAAGAUGGGCAGUAUCUUUGACCGUGAAGAUGACUUGUCCUCCCGCGCUCUGGAACGCAAGCAGGCGGAGCGGCACAAGGAGAUCAUGCGGUCCCAGACCCUGCCCAAGACCUCCGCCACACAGGCCAGGAAAGCCAUGAUCGAGAAGCUGGAGAAGGGGAGUGGCAGCCCUGCAAACCCGGCUGUGUCACGGGUGGUCAAGGUUCAGAGGGCAUCCAGCUUCGGGGUACCCAACGCCAACUCCAUCAAACAGAUGCUGCUGGACUGGUGCCGGGCCAAGACCCGCGGCUAUGAGCACGUGGAUAUCCAGAACUUCUCGUCGAGUUGGAGUGAUGGCAUGGCGUUCUGCGCUCUGGUUCACAAUUUCUUCCCAGACUCCUUCGACUACACGGCACUGAACCCCCAGAACCGGCGGAAGAACUUUGAGGUGGCCUUCACCAAUGCAGAAAUCUUUGCUCACUGCGACCCCCUGCUGGAGGUGGAGGAUAUGAUGAUCAUGGGAAGGAGACCGGACUCUAAGUGUGUCUUCACCUACGUGCAGUCACUCUUCAAUCACCUGCGCAGAUACGAGAUGGCCUGCCGCAGAGCGCACACUGACCUGUAACCAGCAGCAACACAUCAACACACAUGCUUCUAAAUACACCUAAAGGCCUGUCAGCCAAGCCUCUACAAUCCAUUUAUUGCCUCUAUUUCAGCAUUAGCAAUUCUACCACUGGACUGUUUUGAUGCGAAGAUUGUUAAGCCCCUGCUUCCUGGAAGCAUAUCGCUUAAAGAAGUGUUACCAAGAAGCAGCUGUUUAUAUGUUGAAUGUACUAAAAAUAUACAGAACCAACAACACAAAACAAAAUCACCAGUGGUCCUGUUGCUAAGGCUUAAAGAAAUGGAUUUGAAGGCGUUGGUUAGCAUUCCUGUCCAGCAUACCUGUUCCAGGUAAUAGCCUCCCGUAACUCACAAUACAAUAACCACCCCUACCUCACCUGUUGCAUAUAGAAUACUAUUUAACCUGGUAACGUGCUACACUAUGAAACUAACACUCUUCACUUUUGUGUAUUGCUGUUCUUCAUGUAGAUGUCCAAUUCUAUGGCUGGAAAGCGACACGCAUCAUGCAAACAGGGUUUUGAAAGCAAUAUGUAGUACAGCUAUCUUAAACCUUUCAAGAAGUUCCUCAUAACUUGUUCAGAUCAAUUUCAUUGGGAUCCAGGUUCAAGCAGCAGCUAAUAUGCAGGAGAUUAAAAAUAUGAAGGCGAUUUUGAUUUUUUUUUUUUUUUUUUUUUUUUACAGGGAAAGUGACAAAAAGUCAGUUACUUAUUUGAAUCUGAUUUAUGCAGUUGAUUGACCCCAAGGAAGCGGAGGCAGUGAUAGGGUUCUCCGUAAUGUAAUAAUCAAAAGCUCUGAAAUGAUAAAUCACAAAUUCAGUUUUUGCCAUGAUGUGUUCCUUCAAGCCCUCGAAUAUGAUACUUACAUUCAGGAAUGGUAGUUUAAUAGAACGAUUUAUUAGAACUUUGACAAGCCGCCUUGUAAUCUACCUGUUUUCAGGUAAUCCCCACCUCCUUCUCCCCAUUGCUCCCAUUGAAACUCACUUGUCGUAACGCACGUGUGUUGACAGUAAGUUGCAAUGUUUUUUUUAGCUCCUCUCCAGGCACAGAAUGCUUUGUAAUACCAAACUCUGCAUGCUUUUAAAACACAUUUACUUGAAUUGUUUUUGUUGUUGUUUUUUUUAUUAUUAUUUAAAGAAAACUUGUAUAAGCACUGGCAAGGAAAGUAUAUUUUCUCUGUAUUAUUUUUUCAGUAAUGUUAUUGCGACACAAGUAGAUUUUUGGCUCCAGUCUGCUCACAAGCAGCAUAUCUUGUGUCUUGGCUAUGUGUGUGUGGAACAGGUUUUUUUUUUUUUAAUGUAGAUUUCAAGGCAAUUUUAUUUGUUAAGACUUCAAACUAUUGACCUCUCUGAAUCCAGAAAUUUCUAUCAAAAUUUGCAGUUAAAAUAGCGGGUAAAAAAACUUAAAAUGGGUUGAAAAUGAUAUGAGUCUAAACUGUAGAUCUCAAUACUUCACUUGUACCAUUAAGAGAUAUAUGUUUUCAUAACCUAUAUAAAUGAUCUUAAAGUGUGGAGUUAAUAGGCCACUGUUUAGCUUAAUUUGAAUCUUUCUACAGAGAAUGGAUAUCGCAAAUCCAGUCUUUUCUUGAUUUGUUUAUCACUCCCAUAAUGCACCUGGGCUGGCGUGACCUGGAUGGGUCUAGUAGGCAGACUGGACCCCCACCUCAGGCUUUUAUCGAUUUUUGUGUACGCGGACUGCACGCAAGCAACUGCCAGUUCAUAAUUAUUCAUAUUUGUAGUUGCGUUAAAAAAAAAUGUUGAAAACUAUCAAAAUUGUUACACUACUAAAAAAAAACAAAAAAAAAAAACAUAAUAUUUUGUGAAUUCUAAUGUACACCUGCCUAUUUUCUGAUAGGUAUAUGUAUCCAACAUAGUAUCUUGAAUGUAAAACCUAAGUUUGUCAACUGUUUGUAAAAGAGUCUGAUUUUCCAAUAUAGCUAUGGAACGAUAACUAGUUACAGUCCAGAAUGAACUAUUUUUAUUUGAUUAGUGAUCCUGUAAUCCCUGUCAUAUGUCUCAAGUAAAUUGUAAGUCAGGGUUGUAAUAUACCGGCAGAAUAUUCCAGGCUGGGAUGUUUAAUCUUGUCACCUGGAGACCCAGAGCUGCCUAAUCUGAAUCCUCGACUGCCCUGAUAAAAAGCUAUAAAAAAAAAUGUUCAGCAUCAUAUUUCAAAUGUUUUUUUUCUUGAGCCCUCUUUUUUAAAGCAUGUGCAAAUUCAGAGAUGAAUACUUAUCAUAUUAACCUGUAUUAUGCCAUAAUGAAACCGCUUGGAACUUCUGCAUUGUAAUCACAUUUUUAAUACAACGCAAUAAAACCUGCAUUUUAAUUUGCAAAUAAGCUUUUAAGGUACAUAAAUAGAUGUUUUUAUCAUACGCUAUAUUCAGUUAUUUAUAGUGGUUGGAGAACUUCCCCUAGAGAACUCCUUAAGAUACUGAUUUAUUUUUUUUAAUAUGGUUUUACUUUCCUUUAAAUACAAUUUAAAAUUGUAUAUAUUUUGAUUUUGCAAAACUUUGCAUUACUCCAGUAGGAAAUUGGCACUAUUUUUGUGAAAGGAAUAGGCCCCUGCAGUGUUAAUAAGAAGUGCAAGUAGACAAAUCUUUGGGUUAAUGUUUUCAGUGUUAUAAAAUAAUAAUUAAUAACAUUAUUGGUUCAGUGUGUUACUUUUCACUAAAGUGGGGCCAAAGUCUCCUAUUCAUUCUUAUUCAAAGUUAUUCUCUCCAUUGAUUGGUUCCUUUCUAAAGGCGUUCGGAAAGAAAUCACCCCUCAUUGGCUACAAGGUUAUUUCACGAAUGCUUCACCUUUGGAGAUUGGACCAGCCCAGAGCCACCGCUUACCUGCCAUCUGCUUCCACCCUCACAUCUUGUAGAUAAAGACUAGAACAUGUUCGCAAACACGGUUUUAUUAAACACGUAUUAAUAAUGUGACUUCAGAAAUAAAGCUCUAUUUUAAAAAGGUC